GUUCAACAUAUGGAAUCUGAUCCAACGCAAGAGCCUCGAGAACACCUUCUGUAUGACAUGCAAGUUCCGGACCGGCGCCAAGGUGCACCGAAUCAGCGACCGCACGGUGCUCCGACGGCGGCCGAAGCGGGAAAUAGUCAAGGAGACCGGAAGUGACGACGAAGGGUCGACAUCGUCGUCAGACCCCAGCACGGCGUGGGACGACUUUGACGACGUUGAAGACUUGGUGGAGCUAUAUAAGACUCUGACCGGCGCACAGCCAGGUGUGGCAGUGAGUAGCCUCAUCACGACCAGGCCCAAGUAUUCGCUCAACAGGCCGCUGUCAGGGGUGGACACCGACAUCAUUAUGAACAUAGCGGAGAAUGGAACCAGAACACAGAAGCUGUACCUGAAGAAGUGCGCCGACUUCCUGGUGGCGCCGUGCCGGAUGUUCGUUUCGUGCCUCCAACAUCCGGUCAUUGACGUCGGCCAUCAGAAUCUUGGACCCAAGGGGGCGGAGGCGUGCGCCGUAGCGUUAGCGGUUCGGUUAUGUCGUGAUACGCCAUUCAUUUUAAUCCAACAUGCGCUUUUCAUUGAAAUUAGUAGGCAUUCAAAGUUGUAA